AAUGUUGAAAGUGUACCUACUUACCCGUCUUUCUUCUCCUUAGAUAGUAUGUAGGUACUUCCUUUCUCGUAAGGUCACAUUUAGUUGGCAAUUUUGCAUCUCCACAAUCUGAUAAUGAAGAAUCUUUAGUGCUAUUUUUGGUAUUGCUUUAUAUAAAACUUGAGGGACCUACUAAAAAGGAUUAAUGACAAGUGGACCGUCGAAGUUUCAACAUGCAAGUAGCUGAUUAAUAACUGGAUUGGCUCUAAAAUCGACGAAGUUUCCGUUACCAAAGAGCGUCGGAGCACUUGAUCCGUUUUCCUACUUUUUCUACAACGCUCAUAACUUGAAGAAAAAAAAUGGAACUAAAAAUGGAGAACUUCGAUUCAAGUAUACCUAUAGAGCUAUCGCCGAUCGAAUUGUCCAUUCAAAAAAAAUACCUAUAAUGGUCGAAUUUCGACCAUGUGGCAUGCUACUCCUAGGCGUUAAAAUACUCAGUAUCUUUCUACAUAAAAGUUUGGAAUCUAGCUCGGAUGAAUAUGAAACAAAUAAACACAAAAGUAUAGAAAACUACGAUUCUGAAGUUGAUACAAGUACAAAAAUGAAAAAUUUUGAUAACCCACAUUCCAAAAAGCAUUCCAAAGAGGACUGUUCCUGUGGUGAUUGUGAAUCGUGUGUCGAUGGACAUGAUAUGUAUCAAAAUGUUCAAAGUGUUCGAAAUGUUCCAAACGUUCAAAAUGUCCAAAACGUUCAAAAUGUUCAAAACGUUCCAAACGUUCAGAAUAUUCCAAACGUUCCAAAUGUUCCUAACGUUCCAAAUAUUCCAAUGUACAUGCAGCAGCCUCUACCCAACAUGAUACCGGAAUUUCACCAUAUCCCGGUGAGCCCAAUUCCCCUCAGCCGAUUUUCUCUCAACCAACUUCCGAUAAAACAAGAUCCUGUGAACCAAGAUGGUUUGGACAAAAUUCCCUUAGACCCAAUGGCUGCUAAUGAUAUCGGUUUUAACCCACUUGCGCUUAAUCCUCUAAACCCAAUACCGAUAAACCAAGGGCCUAUUGAUAUUUCUUUGAGCCCAAUAUCUUUAAAACACGUUUCUCUGGGUGAAGCACCUCUAUCAGGUCUGCAAUGGCGCGAGGCUUGGCCAGAAUUCCAGUGGAACUGGCCGACAAUGAAGCCAGGCCAGGUCAAGUGGUCCGUUGCGGGGAUGUUUCCUAACGGCUGGAGUUCAGACGUGAAGCUAGACGAUUUGUUACCAGAAGGUAUAAAACUAGAAGAUUUGCUGAAGACCGUCAAAGAAUAUUGGUCAAUGAAUACACCAGCCCUAGGUCCGGAUACUACUUUAACGACAAAAUCCAACAAUGAGGCCUGUGAUAAUGGUAGGGACAAAACUAAUAAGACUAAUGAAUCUACUCCAGAGGAACCCCAAAACUCAGAUAAACCACCAAUAUCAACAGAUAAAACAACAACCAAAGUGACAUCAAUAACGACAAAUAAACCAUCAACAAAACCAACAACAAACUCAACAACAAACCCAACAACGAAUGCGACGACUGCAAUACUAACUACGACAGUACCAACACCACAAAGGAUAAAACAAUGGUAUGAUGACAUCCACGAUUCAGAUUGGGAUUACAAAAAUGUUCCUGAAAAUAAAAAUUCAACAACGAUCUCAACUACAACAAAUUUGACAAGAACAAAUCCGACAACAACAACUCCAAUAACGACACUAUCAACUCUAGAAAGGAUAAUACAUUGGUCUGAUGACUUCCACGAUUCAGAUUGGGAUUACAAGGAUAUUCCUGAAAAUAAACGUUCAGCGGAUUGUCUCUACCAAUAUAGCACAUUAUUGUACUCACGAAAUAUACGAUACAAGGAUAGUACUAAAUAUCAUGGCCUUUCUGGUACAAAGAAAUGCGAUAAUUCUCCCAAAAAACAUGAUAGAGGCGAAAAGUUUGAUAAAAAAAAGUAUGGGAAAGUUGACAGCCUUAUCGCGGGCAUUUUUCUGAGGCCUACCAAAACGUACCACAGACAUUUAGAUACUUCAACUAAGAAUGCAUGUGGUGGAAUGAUAACAAAUGUGAUGUCAAAAUACGGAUUAAUGAAGAAGUUGAAAAUCGAAAAAGUAUUGUCCAAGGACAACUUUUUUUUAGGGUCUUAUAGGGAUACAACUUUAUCGACAGAAUCCGAAGGUAAAGCCAAUGAUAAUUGUAGGGACAAAACUGAUAAGACGAAUGAGCCCACUCCAGAUGAACCCCAAAACCCAGAUAAAACACCAAUAUCAUUAGAUAAAACAACAACUAAAGUGACAACAAAAACGACAACGAUCCCAACAACUAAUCUGAAAACAACAACACCAACUACGACACUACCAACACCAAAAAGGAUAAAACUAUGGUAUGACGACUUCCACGAUUCAGAUUGGGAUUACAAGGAUGUUCCUGAAAGUAAAAAUUCAGCCGAGUUUCUCUACCAAUAUAGCACAUUAAUGUACUCACGAAAUACACAAUACAAGGAUAGUACUAAACAUCAUGGCCUUUCUGGUACAAAGAAAUGUGAUAACUCUCGCAAAAAACACGAUAUAGCCGAAAACUUUGAUAAAAAAAAGUAUGGGAAAGUAGACAGCCUUAUCGCAAGCAUUUUCCUGAGGCCUACCAAAAUGUACCACAGACAUUUAGAUACUUCAACUAGUAAUGCAUGUAUAGGAAUGAUAACGAACGUGAUGUCGAAAUACGGAUUAAUUAACAAGUUGACAAACGGAAAUAAAAAUAAACGACAUUUUAUUUUAAAAAGGGAACAAUUAACAAACGAUAUGUGAAGGGACUUAAAAGAGAAGAACUUAUAAAACUGCUUGCAUAAGCUGCCUGUUAAUUACCUAAUAAAUAUUUUCCAAGGAUAAAGCUGAAUUCAGACUCAAUACUAGUUAGAUUCAUUAGAAUGAGAAGUGAAAGUGCCUAUUUUGUAUAUGAUAUUUCAGAAAUAAAAUAUAUUUAAUGGUU